UCCCAAGCAAAGCAGGAGGCCAAAAAUGGGAAUCUGGAAGAAUCCAUCAAGCUGUUUAGACAGGCUCUGGAAAUCCGUCCAAGUGACAAGCUGACGAUGAAUAUAAAGAAGCUGGAGGAGGCAUUGGCUUCUCUAGCUCUGGAACAGGAGGAGGAUGGCUUUGUGGAUGUGUGUCAGAGCGGUCUAAUGCUGUACGGAGACAUGUAUGAUAAGCUAUUUGACCAUCAGAGAGAAGGGAUCGCCUUCUUGUAUAGCUUAUACCGGGAUGGAAGGAAAGGUGGCAUUUUGGCAGAUGAUAUGGGACUGGGGAAAACCGUUCAGAUCAUUGCUUUCCUCUCGGGCAUGUUUGACGCGGAACUCGUCCAGUCUGUGUUGCUAAUUAUGCCAACCACCCUUGUUAGCAACUGGAUGAAAGAGUUUGCCAGCUGGACUCCAGGUCUGCGAGUGAAAGCCUUUCACGGGGCCUGCAAAACUGAGCGCAACCGAAAUCUAGAGCGGAUCCAGAGGAGGAACGGCGUCCUCCUCACGACUUACCAGAUGCUCCUCAACAAUUGGCAGCAGGUCUCCAGCUUUGGGGGAAAGGAGUUCAUUUGGGACUACGUCAUCCUUGAUGAAGCCCAUAAAAUUAAAACUCCGUCUGCCAAAACCACGAAAUCCGUGCAUGCCAUCCCUUCCAGAAACCGCAUCCUCCUCACAGGGACGCCAGUCCAGAACAACCUAAAAGAACUGUGGGCUCUCUUUGACUUUGCUUGCCAAGGUUCGCUUCUAGGCACGAUGAAGACCUUCAAGAUGGAAUACGAAAACCCUAUCACGAGAGCUAGGGCGAAGGAUGCAACCCCGGGAGAGAAGGCGCUGGGGCUUAAGAUCUCUGAAAACCUGAUGUCCAUCAUCAAGCCAUAUUUCCUAAGACGGAGUAAAGACGAGCUACAGAAGAAAGUCAAGCAUGAACUUAAAAACAAUCUCUUUCGAGAUCAAAGUAAGGAUGUUGCUCCUGCAAUGCCUUCUCUUCCCAGAAAAAAUGACUUCAUUGUCUGGCUAUACUUAACACCCAUACAAGAAGAAAUAUAUCGGAACUUUCUGUCUUUGGAUCAUAUCAAGGAGUUGCUGAUGACUACAAGGUCCCCAUUGGCUGAGCUGAAUGUCCUGAAGAAGCUCUGCGAUCACCCCAGGCUGUUGUCGGCACGCGCAUGUAGCCAGCUGGGUCUGGAAACAUCCAAUUAUAAUGAGCUGGAUGGCGGUGGAAACGAUGCCGUUGAGGUUUUGAGCAUGAAAAGAAGCAUUGAACAUAUUUCUGAUGAGAUACUGAUGGAGGAGUCUGGAAAGCUGUGCUUCCUCGUGGCCUUGCUGGAGAGAUUGCAAGAGGAGGGGCACAGAACGCUGGUCUUUUCCCAGUCAUUAAAAAUGCUGGAUAUUAUAGAGCGUCUCUUAACUCACAGGCGCUUUAAGAUCAUGCGCAUCGAUGGAACGGUGACUCAUUUGGUGGAACGAGAGAAGAGGAUCACUGUUUUUCAGAAGAACAGAGACUACUCCAUCUUUUUGCUUACCACCCAAGUUGGUGGGAUCGGUAUAACGUUAACUGCUGCUACCAGGGUGGUGAUUUUUGAUCCUAGCUGGAAUCCAGCUACAGACGCUCAAGCUGUCGAUAGAGCAUACAGAAUUGGGCAGAAAGAGAAUGUUGUAAUUUACCGGCUAAUUACCUGUGGGACAGUGGAAGAGAAAAUCUAUAGAAGACAAGUCUUUAAGGACUCGCUAAUACGUCAAAGCACGGGAGACAAUAAGAACCCUUACAGAUAUUUCACUCAGCAAGAAUUAAGAGAGCUCUUUACACUGGGAGAUACUCGAAGCUCUGCAACACAGCGCCAGUUGCAGUCCUUGCAUGCCACCCAAAGGAAGACAGAUACUGAGCUAGAUGAACACAUUGCAUACAUCCACUCGUUGGACAUAUUUGGCAUUUCAGACCAUGACUUGAUGUAUACACAAGAAACGGUUCACGAAGAUGAAGCAGAGGAUGAAGAAGCCCACAGGUACAUCGAGCAUAGGGUACAGAAAGCCCAAGAACUGGUACAACUAGAAUCACAGCUGAAAGACCAAAUGACGGCAAACAUCAGAAACACGACUGAAGGAGCAUGGCUGAGAGAAAUGGAAUCGUCCUCCCAGCCAAAGAAAAAACCACCAAAGCUUUCUCCAAGGUAUGCUCCUAUCCCGCCUAUAUCUGUUGAAGCCAUAAACAACGAUGAACUUAUCAAUCUUGUAACUGACGACGACAGCGAUGAAUGUGACAUCAUCAAUGUGAGCUCUAGAAUAACAAGUCUAGUUAUUGAGGAUGUGGAUGAUGAACGAAUUCUUCAGAAUAUUUCUAAUAUGGAUACGUCACCCUCCAAGAAUGAAGAACGCAAACCUGCGAGGAUUCAAGAAGAUGGUCAGAAACAUGAACUGAGCCCUGGGUCCCCUUUCCCUCGCGCUUGUACUUUAUCUAACAAGGAAAACUUCAGUCCUGUAUCCAAAGUGAUGUCCUCUGAUCCACUUGGGGAGGGUGAGGAUGAUGAACAAAUGAUUGGGAACAUAUCUAAUAUGGAUACUUCGUUCUCCAAGAACAAAGAACACGUGCCAGUAAGGAUGGAAGAAUAUGGGCCGAAACAUGAUCUAAGCACCGGAUCUCCUUUCCCUCAAACUCACUCGUUACCUAAUAAGGAUUGUAGCCCUGAAUCCAAUGUGAUCACCGAGCAUUCACCUGCUGAGGCAAACAGCGUGUUUAAUGAUGUCCAAAUGGCACCACUGCAGCAGUCAUUUGAAUAUGUUCCUGAUGAGGACAAGCAACAAACCAAAACUAAAAUGUCUCUCGAUGAGCCUACAAGCUCCCUCAGGGAGGCAUGUGAAAUUAACAAGUCAGAAGCUGCGUCGCCAUUUCAGCUGCAGGCCAGUAAAAUGUCAGGGUGCAGCAUAGGGCAGACAUCCGGGAUGAGUGAAAUUAUACCGGAGAAUGAAUGCCUCUCUAGUUCUUCCCCAUACCAGGCUAAUUUCAAUCUUGUCUUAGAUGAGUCUGAGAAUGGACUGGAAGAGGUCUCAAAAAAAGGAAUGUCACUGGAGGAUACUGAAGAUGAAGGAUUUCAGCUAAGACUGGACAGUCACGGUACCUCUGUCUCUCACUCUUGGAUAAGAGAAAACGGAGGCAACAGAAGCCUUCAGGCUAGCAGAAGUAUAAUGGGAUCUAUGAUUGUGGAUAGUUCUAAUGCAGCACGUGAGGUUUCGAAGGAUGAGAGUGAGGUUUCUUUUAUUCAUAAAAAGAAAACAGUAAGAAGAAUUGUUUCAGAUGACGAGGAAGAAGAGGAGGAUGACAGUGAGCAUAUAAAACUGUCUGCUUCAAACAAUCCGGAUGGAAUUUGUAUGUCAACACCAAAGUCUAACAGGCUCAUGGCCAAUAUUCUCUUCUCUCCAAGGAUAAAAGUUAGUGGAAGAAGAUCUACCGCUUCUAGAAGGUCCCUUGUUGACAUGGUUUGGGAUCAGGUGGAGGACAUGGAGGACGUGGUGGAAACUGCCAGCGGCAUGUCUCUGGGAAGUCCUUUUCAGAAGGACUUUGAAAGAAAGCUAUCCCAGGAUUCCAGUGGCCAAGAAUCGGAGGUGGAAGAGGAGCCGUCAGGUGAAACACUAGAUUCUAAGGACAAAUCCAGCUACUUUCAUGAUGCAGACUCUUAUCAGGAUGACCUUUCUUUUUGAUGGAGCAGUGACAUGGAAAGGGCAAAUCCUUACUGUUCCAAAACAACUAAACCACUCACAGUUUUCUGGAAGAAAAUAUAACAGCAUGAAUGUUCCUUAUCUACAGGCUGGCUUAGAGCAGGGGUGGCAGCCUUUAACCCUC